AUGUCGCCUUUACUUCGCUCUGCCAUAAUUAAAGCUUACUGGCGUUUAUUACCACUUCUAUUUCUUUCAUAUAUCAUUGCUUAUGUUGAUCGAAAUAAUGUUUCAUUGGCUAAACUUAAAAUGAUCAAUGAUUUACCAUCAUUUCGUCAUCGAACAGAAACUAUAUUUGCUCUUGGUCAGGCAGCCUUUUUUAUUGGCUAUUUACUUCUUGAAAUUCCUGGUACAUUAAUAGUUGAAAAAUGGAGUGCGCGUAAAUGGAUUUGUCGUAUUAUGAUUACUUGGGGUAUUUUAGCUUCAUUAACAGCAAUUGUCACACAACCAUGGCAUUUUUAUUUAAUUCGUUUUUUACUUGGUCUUGCUGAAGCUGGUUUCUUUCCAGGUGCUGUCGUCUAUUUAACUCAUUGGUUUCCAGCACAAGCAAGAGCUCGAGCGCUUUCUCUAUUUUUUAUUGCUGCACCAAUCGCUCAAUUCAUCAGUCCAAAAAUAUCCUAUUAUUUUCUUCGUAUGGGUACUAUCGAAAAUGGUAUCUACUAUAGAACAUUAUUUAAACUUAAAGGUUGGCAAUGGAUGUAUAUCAUUUGGGGUAUACCGGCAGUGAUAAUUGGUAUUAUUGUUUUAUUUUUUUUGAUUGAUCGACCGAAAGAUGCGAAUUGGUUGAGUGAAGAAGAAUGCCAAGUACUAGAAACAGAAUUAUCACAUGAAUUAGUACGUCAACAAGUAGCUGGUGGUCAUUUAACAUUAUUGCAAGCUUUACGUCAUAAUAAAGUACUUCUUCUUGCUAUUGCUUAUUUUUUUAUUGUAACAGGUAAUUAUGGUGUCGAUCUCUUUUUGCCAACUAUUCUUCAUGAUUGGUAUCAUCCAAGUGAUGGUCUUCUUACAUGGUUAUUAAUGAUUCCACCACUUGGUGCUCUUAUUGGAAUAUUAGUUAUUGGAUUUAGUUCAGAUCGAACUAAAGAACGACGUUUUCAUACUGCUAUACCUAUUCUUAUAGGUGCAAUUGGACUUGGUUUAACAUUAAUUCGACAACAACCACUAUUUACAAUGAUUAUUCUUUUUACAGUUGCAUCGAUUGGUACUAAAGCUUAUUUGCCAGCAUUUUGGUCAUUACCAAGUUUAUUUUUAAGUGAAUCAGCCGCUGCUGGUUCUAUUGGUCUCAUUAAUUCAAUUGGUAAUCUUGGUGGUGGUGUCGGACCUAUUCUUUUAGGUGUCUUCAAAGAUCGUACUGGAUCAUUUUUUCUUGGUAUUCUUUUAUUGUCUAUAUCGAUGUGUUUGACAUCUGUGAUUAUUAUGAUUCUUCGUUUCGAUCGACAUCGUCAACGAGAACUUCAUAAAAAUACACAACAAUUAACUAUGUCAGACAUAAAUGAAAAGUUGAUAACAAAUACAAGACAAACAGAAAAUAGUACAGAAUUCUGA